CCCGUUCAAUGAAAUUAGACAAACCCAGGGAACUAGCUUCAAAUUUUUCACUUCUCACCAAUAUAUAUGUACACACAAUGUAUUUCCUCUCUAACAAUAUGACACAUUCUCCUCCUCCUUCUUAUAGAAACUUUAAUCUCGCUUGAAGCACUUUACAAAUCAUUUCAUAAAAUAUAUAAUAUACAAUACUAUACACAAUGAGAUAUACAUAUUUCUGUUUGAGAAACUAGUUAGUAAAAUGGCAUCCGUAUUGGCAGGGGAUGAGGUGACAAUAUCAACAAGUAGUAGUCGGAGUUGGAAGUCGAUGAGUUUCCAGGACAUAUGGACAGCAACAGCAGGGGCAGUUCCCGACGUGUUCGAGCGGAGUGAUCGACACACACAGGAGGAUGACGAGUAUCACCUCACCUGGGCAGCCAUUGAGCGGUUGCCUACUUUAGAGAGAAUGAGAAAAGGUGUAAUGAAACACGUUGAUGAAAAUGGAAAAGUUGGGCAUGAUGAAGUUGAUGUUGCGAAACUUGGUUUACAUGACAAAAAACUCUUGUUGGAUAGCAUCCUUAAGAUUGUUGAAGAAGACAAUGAGAAGUUUCUAAGAAAACUUAGAGACAGACAAGACAGGGUGGGGAUUGAAAUUCCAAAAAUUGAAGUUCGUUAUGAGAAUUUAUCUGUGGAAGGAGAUGUGUAUGUUGGUAGCAGAGCUCUUCCUACUUUGCUUAAUGUUACCAUCAACACUUUGGAGAGUGUUCUUGGAUUGUUUCGUCUUGCACCAUCCAAGAAAAGAGAGAUUCAAAUUCUCAAACAUGUUAGUGGAAUUGUUAAACCAUCAAGGAUGACACUCCUUCUAGGUCCUCCAGGUUCUGGAAAAACAACAUUGCUUUUAGCACUUGCAGGAAAACUUGAUCGUGAUUUAAGGGCUUCUGGGAAAAUAACUUACUGUGGUCAUGAGUUAAAUGAAUUCGUUGCUACAAAAACGUGUGCAUAUAUUAGUCAGCAUGACAUUCACUACAGAGAAAAUACGGUGAGAGAGACAUUGGAUUUUUCAUCAUGUUGUCUAGGUGUUGGCACAAGGUAUGAAUUAUUGAUGGAACUCUCAAGAAGGGAGAAAGAUGCAGGAAUUAAACCAGACCCUGAGAUUGAUGCUUUCAUGAAGGCCAUUGCAUUAUCAGGCCAAAAAACCAGUUUUGUAACUGAUUAUGUUCUCAAGAUGCUUGGAUUGGAUAUUUGUGCUGACAUUAUGGUAGGUGGUGAAAUGAAAAGGGGCAUCUCUGGAGGACAAAAGAAGCGAUUAACAACAGGGGAGAUGCUGGUAGGACCAGCAAAAGUACUCUUCAUGGAUGAAAUAUCAACAGGAUUGGAUAGCUCAACCACUUUUGAAAUAUGCAAGUUCAUGAGACAAAUGGUUCACAUAAUGGAUGUAACCGUAGUCAUUUCCCUUUUACAGCCAGCACCAGAGACAUUUGAACUUUUUGACGACAUUAUUCUACUUUCAGAAGGUCAAAUUGUAUAUCAAGGUCCGCGUGAAAAUGUGCUAGAGUUCUUCGAAUACACGGGCUUUAGGUGCCCAGAGAGAAAAUGUGUUGCUGAUUUCUUACAAGAAGUAACAUCCAAGAAAGACCAACAACAAUACUGGUUUAGAAGAGAUGAACCUUAUAGAUAUGUUUCAGUUCCUGAAUUUUUUGAGUUCUUUCAUUCAUUUCAUAUUGGAGAGGAAAUUGCGGCAGAGAUUAAGGUUCCUUAUAAUAAGAGUCAAACCCACCCAGCUGCAUUAGUGAAAGAAAAAUAUGGUAUUUCAAGUUGGAAAGUAUUUAAGGCAUGCUUUUCAAAGGAAUGGCUUCUUAUGAAAAGGAAUGCUUUUGUUUAUGUGUUCAAAACAACACAGAUAGCAAUCAUGUCUAUUAUUACUUUUACUGUGUUCUUUAGAACAAAAAUGCCGGUUGGUACUGUUCAAGAUGGACAAAAAUUCCAUGGUGCAUUAUUCUUUACAAUGAUAAAUGUGAUGUUCAAUGGGAUGGCAGAACUAUCCAUGACAGUUUAUAGGCUACCUGUGUUCUACAAACAAAGGGAUAUCAUGUUUUACCCUGCAUGGGCAUUUGCAUUACCCAUAUGGAUUCUUAGGAUCCCUCUUUCCUUUAUGGAAUCAGCGAUAUGGAUUGUUCUUACAUAUUUUACAAUUGGGUUCGCUCCUUCUGCUAGCAGAUUUUUUCGACAAUUCUUGGCAUUAUUUGGCAUUCAUCAGAUGGCUCUUUCUUUAUUUCGGUUCGUCGCCGCAGUUGGUAGAACACCAGUGGUUUCAAAUUCAUUGUCUAUGUUGAUCUUUGUAGUGGUAUUUGUGCUAGGAGGUUUCAUUAUUGCCAAAGAUGACAUUAAGCCAUGGAUGAUAUGGGGCUACUAUAUAUCUCCUAUAAUGUAUGGCCAAAAUGCCAUAGCAAUUAAUGAAUUCUUAGACAAAAGAUGGAGUAAACCAAAUACAGACACAAGAAUUGAUGCACCGACAGUUGGAAAAGUACUUCUCAAAGCCAGAGGCUUGUUUACAGAAGAUUAUUGGUAUUGGAUCUGCAUUGGAGCCUUGAUUGGGUUUUCUCUUCUCUUCAACCUUCUCUUCAUCCUCUCAUUGACUUAUUUGAAUCCGUUAGGUUAUUCGAAAGCAGUCACUGCAGAUGAAGAUGACAAGAACAAUGGAAAUCCAUCCUCUAGACACCACCCCCUUGAAGGUAUGGACUUAGCAGUGAGAAAUUCAUCAGAAAUUACCAGUUCAUCUAACCAUGAAUUGAGAAGAGGAAUGGUUCUACCGUUUCAACCGCUUUCAAUAGCAUUCAAUCAUAUUAGCUACUACAUAGACAUGCCAGCAGAAAUGAAGAGUCAUGGAAUGAACAAGGAAAAACUUCAACUACUACAAGAUGUUAGUGGUGCUUUUAGACCAGGAAUAUUAACAGCACUUGUAGGUGUUAGUGGUGCUGGGAAGACAACACUCAUGGAUGUAUUAGCUGGAAGAAAAACUGGUGGAUACAUUGAAGGAAAUAUUAGCAUAUCAGGUUACCAAAAGAACCAAGAAACAUUCGCCCGAAUUAGUGGUUACUGCGAACAGAAUGAUAUUCAUUCUCCUCAUGUUACUGUCUAUGAAUCACUAUUAUUUUCGGUGUGGCUUCGUCUUCCUUCAGAUGUAAAGAAACAAACUCGAAAGAUGUUUGUUGAAGAAGUUAUGGAAUUGGUAGAACUUAAAGCACUUAGAGAUGCUCUUGUGGGACAUCCUGGUGUGGAUGGUCUAUCAACAGAACAAAGGAAGAGACUUAGUAUUGCUGUGGAAUUGGUUGCUAACCCUUCAAUCAUCUUCAUGGAUGAACCAACAUCAGGCCUUGAUGCUAGAGCCGCUGCUAUUGUUAUGCGGACCGUGAGAAAUACAGUAGAUACAGGGAGAACUGUUGUUUGCACAAUUCAUCAACCAAGCACGGAUAUUUUUGAAGCUUUUGAUGAGCUAUUGCUGAUGAAAAGAGGAGGACAAGUUAUCUAUGCCGGACCUCUUGAUCGCCACUCACACAAGCUUGUAGAAUAUUUUGAAGCUAUCGCAGGUGUUCAAAAAAUCAAGGAUGGUUAUAAUCCGGCCACAUGGAUGCUUGAAGUCAGUUCUGCUUCAGUUGAGGCUCAAUUAGAUAUAGAUUUUGCAGAAAUUUAUGCCAACUCCAACCUUUACCAGAGGAAUCAAGAACUUAUUAAGGAGCUGAGUACUCCAGCACCAAAUUCGAAGGAGUUGUAUUUCCCAACCAAAUAUUCUCAAUCAUUUUUUGUUCAAUACAAAGCUAACUUCUGGAAACAAAAUCUGUCCUAUUGGAGACAUUCUCAAUACAAUGCCGUCCGAUUUCUCAUGACCUUAGUCAUUGGAGUAUCAUUUGGUCUAAUAUUUUGGCAGCAAGGCAAAAACACCAAAAAACAACAAGAUCUACUAAAUCUUUUGGGAGCCAUGUACUGUGCUGUGCUUUAUCUUGGCUUUAUGAAUUCUUCAACCGUGCAACCAGUUGUUUCUAUUGCAAGAACGGUUUUCUAUCGGGAAAGAGCAGCAGGGAUGUAUUCUGCAUUAUCCUAUGCAUUUGGUCAGAUGGCAGUUGAGACAAUUUAUAAUGCAGUUCAAACAACCAUUUACACACUAAUCCUUUACUCCAUGAUUGGGUUUGAAUGGAAGGCGGCGAACUUCUUAUGGUUUUAUUACUACAUAUUUAUGAGUUUUAUGUACUUCAAAUUGUUUGGAAUGAUGUUUGCUGCACUAACACCAAGCCUCGAAGUUGCCGCCAUUUCUACGACCUUCUUUAUGACUCUUUGGAACUUGUUCUCUGGCUUUCUCAUUCCUAAGACGCAAAUACCUAUAUGGUGGAGAUGGUACUAUUGGGCUUCUCCAAUUGCAUGGACACUAUAUGGCAUUAUAACUUCACAGCUAGGUGACAAAAAUACAGAAAUAGUGAUACCAGGAGCUGGAAGCAUGGAACUAAAGGAAUUCUUGAAACAAAAUUUGGGUUAUAAUCAUAAUUUUCUUCCUCAAGUUGCUGUUGCUCAUUUAGGCUGGGUUCUCCUCUUUGCAUUUGUGUUUGCCUUUAGCAUCAAAUUCCUCAACUUCCAAAAAAGAUAGUAUAUACAUGAGCCAAAUCAUGUAUAUCAGCUUAAAAAUUACUACAUGUAUAAUUUUUUUUAUUUGUUUAUGAAUUCUGCAUUUUGAGUGAAUUCAACCUAUAGGAGUUGAGUAGAUAAAUAAAUAGAUGAAGAUGUAGUUGCAUGCCUCGCGAGGAAUCA